GGGCUGCCCCUGCUUCUGGGACCACCAUUGGGUGUCUCAGCCUGAAGGAUGACAAGGAUCUGAAGUUCCUCCUGAAAGGCAGCCAGCUGCUAAAAGUGAAGUCAAGCUCUUGGAGAAAGGAGCGUUUUUAUAAGCUCCAGGAAGACUGCAAAACCAUAUGGCAGGAAUCAAAGAAGAUGCUGAGGUCUCCAGAGUCACAGAUCUUCUCCAUCGAAGAUAUUCGGGAUGUGAGGUCAGGCCAUAAAACAGAAGGGAUGGAAAAAUACGCCAAGGAUGUCCCGGAGUAUCGCUGCUUUUCCAUCAUUUUCAAAGACCAGAGGAAAAACCUGGACCUCAUUGCCAGCUCAGAGGACGAUGCCAACCACUGGAUCUCCGGCCUCGCCAAGAUCAUCGCCCACAGCAACUCCAUGAACCAGAAGCAGAAACUCCAACACUGGAUUCAUACCUGCCUGCGGAAAGCUGAUAAAAACAAAGACAACAAGAUGAGCUUGAAAGAGCUCAAGAACUUCCUGAAAGAAGUGAACAUUGAAGUCGAUGACUAUCAUGCCAAGAAGAUUUUCCAGCACUGUGACAAGUCCAAAACAGAGGCUCUGGAGGAUGAUGAGAUAGAGGAAUUUUACAAGAUACUGACAGAGAGGAAGGAAAUAGACAAGAUCUUCCAAAAGUACUCAGAUGCAGAAGGUUUCAUGUCCUGCCAGAACCUCGUGAGGUUCCUCUAUGAGACACAGCAAGAAGAAGAUGCUGUUGUUGCUGCCCCUGCCUUAAUUCAGAGAUAUGAGCCCAAUGAAAGAGCCAAGAGGGGAAAUGCCAUGACCAAAGAUGGUUUCCUGAUGUACCUGCUGUCUGAUGAUGGGAACAUAUUCAACCCCUCCCACCGUAAAGUUUACCAGGACAUGACUCAACCUCUCAGUCACUACUUGGUGUCAUCCUCACACAACACCUAUCUUAUGGAAGACCAGCUCACAGGUCCAAGCAGCACAGAAGCCUACAUCAGAGCCCUCACCAAAGGCUGCCGCUGCGUGGAACUGGAUUGCUGGGAUGGCCCCAACUCGGAGCCCGUCAUCUAUCAUGGCUACACUCUCACCUCCAAGAUCCUCUUCAGUGAUGCCAUUAAGGCCAUCAAGAACUAUGCUUUCCAAACCUCACCAUACCCUGUCAUCAUCUCCCUGGAGAACCACUGCAGUGUCGACCAGCAGAAGGUCAUGGCUCAGCACAUGACCACCAUCCUACAGGACAUGCUCUUGGUUGCCCCAGUUGAUGGAAACAAAUCCCAGUUCCCCUCCCCAGAGCAAUUGAAAGGGAAGAUCCUUGUGAAAGGCAAGAAGCUGAGCAGGCAGGAGGACCCCACUAAUGGGAACAACAACCUGGAGGCUGAGGAUGUCUCUGAUGAAGAUGAAGCAGCUGAAAUCGAAGAUGAAUCUGUAAAGACUGAGAUUCAGCAAAAGGGGAAGAGUGACACCUUGAAGCUGGCCAAGGAGCUGUCAGACACAGUUGUCUACUGCAAGAGUGUCCAUUUUGGUGGCUUUGAGGACCCCAAUCACCCUCGGGCUUUCUACGAGAUGUCGUCGUUCACGGAGAGCAAAGCUCUGAAACUAGCCCAGGAGUCAGCCACCAAUUUUAUUCAUCACAACAUCAGGCACCUGAGCCGGAUCUACCCUGCAGGCUGGAGGACAGAUUCUUCCAACUACAACCCCAUCGACUUGUGGAACGUCGGCUGCCAGAUUGUUGCCCUAAAUUUCCAGACAGCAGGCACAGAAAUGGAUGUCUACCAGGGUCGGUUCCAGGACAAUGGGUUUUCUGGGUAUGUCUUAAAGCCGGAAUUCCUCCGGGAUGAGCAAACCAAAUUCAAUCCAAAAUCCAUCACAGAAGGAACAUGGGGGACAAAGAAGAAGCUUCUGCUUAAAAUCAUCUCUGGUCAGCAGCUGCCCAAGGUGAACAAAAGCAAAAACUCCAUUGUUGAUCCUAAGGUAACGAUAGAGAUCCAUGGUGUCCAGCAGGAUAACAACAAGAAGCAGACCAAAGUCAUUGAGAACAAUGGCUUUAACCCGAAGUGGGACGAAGAGUUUACAUUUGACAUAGAGAUCCCUGCACUGGCCCUGGUCCGGUUUGUGGUGGAAGACUUUGAUAUGUCAACCAAAAACGACUUCAUUGGGCAGUACACCCUUCCCUUCACCAGCCUGAAGCAAGGUUACCGCCACAUCCACCUGCUGACCAAGAACGGAGACCCCUACUCCUCCUCCACCCUCUUUGUGUACGUCAGUAUCCAGGACUGUGAUUAG